CGUUUUCCUUUUUCUAUUUCAACACCGCGGAAAAUAACUUGAAAUACAGAAAUACAACUUAAGUCAGCAGCAUCUGAAAGAUUUCAACGAUCAGUUGUAAACGGAGUUUUCUGUGCACUGCACAAUGUGAAGCUGAUCAAUAACAAGGCUGUAAACACUAGUAAACAAACCAAAUACAUUUCAAAGCCUACCUGCGCUACCUCAGCACAGCCACCUCAGCUUAAGAACGAGGCAAACCAGACUCCGCUGCCUCGACGCCAUUUUUGUGACUUCUACAUGAAUUCAUCCUCGAUCCUCGCUGUUGAUUUGGGUUCCCUGUUGAUUUGAUUGACGUAUGCUGAUGCCCUGGUUCAGUUCAUUUGGACAAAUUACACAAUGUAAAGGACGCUGUUUCCGCUUUGAAGCCAACGAGCGAGCAACUGCAGGAUGCCGAUUCGUCAAAAUUGACCUUCACUUUGACGUUGCGGGUACGCAAACAUAGUAAACGUAACGCUUAUCUAACAGGGGUAGAGACGAUUGUUAGGUACAAGGUACCUUUUCACUCUUUUUUUUAUAAAAAUGAUGGAGCUUCUUUUCCUCUCUGGGGGAAGAAUAACUUUGGAAUGCACUAUAAUGGAAGAAAAUGCAUUCGCGAAUUUUCGAGGACGAGUGGAGGAUUUCAACCUACCCCUCCCUCAAGACAAAAUUGAUACAAACAAUCCCGGAAGCCAUCCCGGAAGUGUCGAAGAGUUUCAAGAGCGAUGGCCGCUGAAUGUAGGAACGUAAAAGAAAUACUGAAAAAGUACUGCAAAGAUGGUCUGAUACGUAAUGAAUUUUUGCAAGGAUGUGAGAAAUUCUUAACUGAGGUAACAGUACCAGCAAAAUGGAAAGGCAAAACUGACUACAAGCUUCAACAGGUCCAUGAAACGUACCAAUACCGUGAAAAAGUAAUCAGGGAAUUUGUUGGCAAAAAAAUAUCAGAAGAGUUUAAAUUAUCGCGAAAAACCAUAACACAGUUUUUUGAUGAACUUGAACGUUUCGCAAAACCUUCAGAAACUAACAUUAACAAUUUUUCUGAUCUACAUGCAAGUUGUAAAAGCAGGCCAGCUAUUUCUGAUCUGUUUGGUGAAGAUGAUGUCAAGUUACAAGGUGUUGUUGUUCGAAGAACAGAGCAGAACGCUUGGGUUUUGGUGGAAAAGGAGCAAGAACUUAUUAUUGACGUUCAAGCCAAUGAGAAGAACAGUUUCAGCUCGGGAUUCCCUGUUAAAGUGGGUGACAUUGUUGAGGUUACAAGACUUCAGAGAGAAACGGAAACAACCCUGGAAACAGAUGUAAUAUGCUGUUACCAUUUAUGCGAGAGUGAAAUUGAAGUAUUUUUGGAUUACAUGCUAAAGCUAUUACAAGAUGAUGGCUCAACUGCUGCAGUAACUGGGAUAAUGAGGUGUCACGCUGCUUGGGAUUACAUUCUUCAGCUUUCAAAGGAUACAAGUGACAACCAGAUCAUGAGCUAGAAUGUCUUGUACAUUAUUGAAGAGAUAUGUUCCAGCUCUCAGGGGAAAAUUCCACCAGUUGUUGAAAAGAUUGUACAACAAUUUACAGAGAGUGCAUUCUUCAAAUCAAUUUUUCCUAUCUUUGUUGAGAACACAGCAAAAGGAAGUUGUAGCAGGUAUUAGUUUUGCAAACAAAAUUUAAUGGAGAUUGAUUGAUUUAUUGAACACUCAGUGAUUUAACCUCUCUAUUUACAAACUGGUAACUAAAGUAAAUUUUAACUUAACAUAAAACAUGCAUCAGCAUUUAUAUUAUUACAUGACAUUCAAGCUACCAUGGGAACCGGCUAUUUUGGUAUUCUCUGUAGUGAGCUGGACCUAUCAUGCAAGGGAGGCUCAUGCAGGGGGAAUAUCAUAAAAAAAGAGAUAAACCUCAUUUACAUUUGAAAAGACUCCCAGCAUUAGCCUCAUGCAGUUGCAAGCUAGUUCAAGUCCAGUACCAAGAAUACGGAAAGGGCCUAGUAACUCUUGAGUUUUAAAAAUUUACAUGAUCGAGUUAAGAACUAUUUCCUCUCAAUGUUAACAGGACAAAUAUAUAAUUCACGCCAAUGCUUGAUAUGCUGUAUGAGGUUUUUAUUGUCUUUGAUGUUCAAGAAACACUUUAUGGAAAAAUUGAAAAAUUAAACGAGACUUACCUGUAAGUUGAAGUUUGAUUGGAAUUCUAUGAGUCACCU